UAUAGGAAGGAUACCCAAGCCAUCGAGAGCCACUAAACUGGUCAUUUGACCGCGAAGAUUUGCUUGGUUUCCGAUCCCACUCCAACUCGCUCUCGACACUCGAGUACUUACAGCAAUUACCAAAGACGUCCAAAUAACACCAGUUGUCUCUGUCAACUAUGUCUUGUCGUCAAACAAAAUCGUCCGUUUUGGCAUUUCGUGCUCCAUAAUUUGAACUUCGCAGGAGUGGUUUACUCCGUAUCACAUUCGAAUUUGCUUUGACUUAAUAUCAUCAAACAGCAAAUGAGAUGUUUAGGAAGUCUAGCUCCAUUUCAUCGUGAUUUCUUAGUCAAUUAUUUUAAUCAGUUGAAGCUUUAGAAAAUCGAAUGUGCUGACUGAACUGCAUGAUGAUCAACUUGUAAAUUUACCUUUGAUUGAACGGGGCUGUUCAUUUUCUAGCCUUUAUCAGUUUGAUUGCAGGUACCUCAGAAAGUUUGAUGUGAUUUUCUAGCGACUUGCAUUUCAUCAAAGUACAUGAAUCGGGAUGAAACCCGUCUGUCUCUUUUUGCUUGAGAAUCUGGACAACUGUGACUUUGUGAAAAGGAAUACUUUAGCCCAAUAAGUUUUCCGAAAAUUGCAGUUUACAAGAGGAAAUAUAUCAAGUUGCAGACUCAGAUUGUGCAUUCUUUUAGACGAACUUCGUAAUUUCGACACUUUUCAGAAAGGAGAUAAGUCACCAAUAAAACCUAAACGAUCUAAGUAAAAGUUCUUCGAAGCAUUAGCACCAUAAAAAUAACAUGUGUCAGGAGACAGGCCAGGUUAUUGAUAUAAGUUUGUGAAAAAGUUUGGAAACAAUACAUCCCGCCAUUUUCUUUCAAUGUCUUGCAACUGAAUUCAUUCAGAGCUCCCUCGGAAGAGACAGGCCGGUUGCACCAGAUGGAGUAAAAUUUAAACUUUAUCUUCAACUAAAGAUAAAGCUGACCCAGUUGUCUAAGUUAUUUUAUUAAGGUUAACCAGUGCGCUUAAAAUGGAAAAUCACAGAAUUGUCGAUAUCGGAGUGAUAGAACAGUCUUUCAAGCCUUCCAAGCUGCAGGUCAUCGACCAGGAGACAUCGAGCAUCGACUACCCUCGACAACGAGCUCUUCAAUGCCUCCGGAUGAUGAGCAAUUGCGGCAACGCUGAGAUCUUCAACAAAGCGUUGUCUACGACCAUGAAGAUGCAAAGUCCGGAUUGGGAGGGCGACAAUGAUAGCGACGUCGAUAGCGUCGUGACGCAUCCCAAAGAACGGGUUGAUAGGGGAUCGACUUCGACGUCGACGAGCACGAAGUAUCACGGACAUCGAGAUGGAGUGGGAAAGGCGGUGAAGAAGGGCAUGAAACCACAUUUGACAAAGAAAUGCGACCCGCGACUUCAGAAGCAGAUUCGGUUGAAUAUCAACGCUCGAGAGCGUCGACGUAUGCACGAUCUAAACGACGCCCUGGAUGAUCUACGGGGCGUUAUCCCCUACGCUCACAGCCCAUCGGUUCGUAAGCUGUCGAAGAUUGCCACGCUGCUCCUCGCUAAAAACUACAUCCUGAUGCAGGCGAACGCACUCGAGGAGAUGCGACGGAUUUUCACUUUCAUGAACCAGCCUCAGCUUUGCUUACCACCGGCUCUGUCGUCGACCACCUACCCGAUCUCGCCCGCAUACCACACCCCUGACAUCGUCGCUCGAAACAGCAGUGGGCAUGCUCUUCCAAGUAAGGUCCUUGAAAGCCCCUCGACCGCCAUCAAUCUCCCAAUCUCUUGUCGUCGGAAUGGUAUGCAGUCCUCAUCAUCGUCGUUAUCUUGCCAUCGUUGUAUCGAUAGACCAUCCCUUAAUCGGAAUCAUGAAAGAAGUGAUCAUUCUUUUCUCUGACUCUCAAAAUUUCCGAUUUUAUGAUGAAAUCUAUAUUAAUUUUGUUUAUUUAUUUUUCCCCAAAACUUUCGAUUAACGGUGUAAACGUGGUCGAUUAUUUAUGCUAAGUGUUCAAUUUAUUGCAUCAAUAAUUGUUAAAUGUUAUCACCACCAAAUUAGUUUAUUUCUAUAUUUCAAAUACUUGUACAUUACAUAUUUUUGUUAAAUCAUGUGAUAAUGCCAGUUUAAGAUAGAUCCCAAUUAUUUCAACUCGAUCAUGUAAGGGUCUCUCGUGUUUUCAAGUUUGUUUAAUUUGAACGAAAUGGAGCUGAGUUCUGAAUUCAGAGUACAGUCACGUGCGUAACGUGAUUUUAAUCGAAUUUAUUCGAUUAGAGUGCAUUCCAUAUACGAGAGUUCGUUCAUGAAUAAACCAGUCUUCACCCAGAAACAUCAUCUGUUACAUUGCGUGUGUGUGUAUUUGAGUUUCGUCAGACGUGUAUCAAUCAGAUAUGAUUAUUUACGUCUGGGACCGACCUUUAACGUCACCAUCCGAAAGACGUGACCAGGGCUCGAACCUCGAACCUGUGCAUCAAUUUGUAACUUCCCCACAUAGCUUGGAUUACAGGCGCACGCCACAACGCCCAGUUGCAAUGUCCAAUUGCAACGUGACCGAAGCUUUCAAUCAUUGCACUAGUUUGAAUUAGAAUAGGACUUGGUGUACACAUCACAUGGACUAUACAUAUGCUUAUUGUUGUAUGACGUUAAGUUGAUUCAUAGUGUAUGAAUACAUUAAGGAGUAGUUAUUGUCAUUAGCGAGUUAUAGAACCUUAAUGAUACAUCUAUUAAGAAAAUUAUCUGUUUCUGCCAAAUAUUUCGAAUCUUUUGUUAAACAUUACUUAACUAUAUUAUGAUAAAAUAGACUCUUGUCAAUUAGGGAAUUUGCAUAAAUAGUGAUGGAAAUGUUUUUAAAAAGAAUAAAUUGUUGCAGGCAUAUUUAUCAUUACAGGAUUUUUUUUCGGCAGGCGUUUAUUUUCUUAUAUUGGUUUCGUUGGGUGAGUAUCAAUUUACGCACUGCAUGAAGAGGACUUUAAAAUGUGAAUUAAUGUUUCUGGUGUGCUGUCUGCUUACUUCAAACUUAAAUAUGUUAAAGAGAUUGAAACCAUUAUCAGAAGAUAAACAAAAUAUUAGAAUUGUAUAUGUGAAUUAUAAUUACAACUCAGUAUCCUAAAAUGACCGUUUAUAUUCGUUACAUAAUGGCAUGCUAUGAUAUUUUUAUGAAUUAAUAAAACAGAUUCCUAUAGCUCAGCUCCAAACAUGCCAAAACAAGGAAGAAGGGAGUAAUUUGUUAUCAAUGAGGUUUUUUCCAUCGCACAUCGUAAUGUUUUACGUAUAUUGCUAUAUUUCAAUUUUAUUUUUAUGUCAUGUACUACAUAGUAUGCUUCUAAGAUUUCUCUGUUUCCGAAAAAGUAGCUCCAUUCUCCUGUACGAUUCGCUUUAAAAUAGUGUAAAUGUAAUAGUUAACAAGUAUAUUGAAUUUAAAUUGGGAUUAUUUAUAUUCCCUUUCUAAAAUAUUUUUUGGCUGUCAAUAAACAACUUGAAUCAAAUUUUAGAUGAAUGUGUGGUGCAUGUUGCAGUUGAGUGUAUUGGGAAAACAAAUGAAAAUAUGUAUUAUUACGGUGUAUAAUACCUGUUAAUCUUAUUAAACAGUCAUUUUGUCAAGUCUCUAUGGCAACGCUACAUGUUGGAACUGAAACAUGUAACAUCUAAACAUUAAAGAAGUACAUCAAUCCUUUCAACGUAGGUUAAUUUUAAUUCGGGCAACUAUUUGUCUUGUAUCGCGAUAGAACUUAAAUCUUUUCUAGCUGAAAUCUUUUCUCAAGUCAAUUUCGAAAAUAUUGAAUGAUUGUCUUGAAUGUACUGAUUUUGGCUUACAUCAUUCUCGCUCUCAGUUUCGAUACUUCUCAAGUUUAGGUUUUAGGUGAAAUAAAUGUAGGCGAACAAGUCUGUUGAGAAAAUAUGGAUACAAGUAAAGCUUUAGGUUUCUUUGGCUGAUGCAAAUUUUGAUUGGAGACCGAUAAUUUCUAUGUUUUGAGAUCUAUUGAUGAUUCAAAAUUUUAACGUUGCGUAAUAAAACAAGGACGCCAUCAAACACUAAUCGACUAUCAUUAUACAGUUACUAUCAGAUUUUAUGCAUUUAUAUUGGCUAUUUUCUCGGGCCUUAAAUCUUUUAUCGAGUCAAUUUUGAAAAUAUUGAAUGAUUUUCUUGGAUGUAUUGAUUUUGGCUCAAAGCCUCCCCCCCCCCACAGUUCAGAUACUAAUCAUGGCGUUCUAAUAUUCACCUACCAUUCAACAAUUUGCUAAAUCAACAGCCUAGAUCGAAUAAGUCUUAUUCGCCACUGCUCUUUCCUUUUCACAUUUGAUCCAUGAUCUGAGCACAAGGGGGGCUAGCAAAGUGGAAAAAUGUCCCCAAGGUUUUGUGAUUGUUUUAAGACAUUAGUGGUAGGCGGAGUAUAGGGAUUUGGGAUGUUUUUAAUCACAGCAGCUCGGAGGCAAAGCUUCAACCGCAGUUAGACGGCCAAUCACGCCGGUAUAAACACGGAGGAGCAGCCUCGUGUACUAAUCCCAAUUAGAAGAUGGUUUGGAGGUGAUGGGAGCUUGCUCGAAGGAAAACAUGAAACCGACAAUUUCCUCGGGAGAUAACUUGACGAAAAAGUGAUUGAAUUAGAAGAAUGAAGAAGGUAUGGAAAAAUGGGGUAGAAAUCAGUCAAAAUAGGAUCUAAGGAUUGGGAAUUCUAGAACAUGGUAUAGGGAGAGGAUGUGCUGGCUGCGGAGAGCCGGAGGCCUUUUGGUGCGAUCUUUCGCGCAGUCCGCUCACCGCAAACCAGGCGUGCAAAUGGCGCCAAUUUGCGGUGGAAUCCCGUGUUGGAUCCUGUACGAUGACAAGUUGCCAUUUCAACAUGUUUUUCUGCCGCGAUCACUUUCCAUGUCAACAUCUGUCUCCUACAAACGGAAGGAAAUUGCGAUUGUUUCACUUGUUUCGAAUGUUCCUCCUCACCCGAUAUAACAAAAAUUUUCAUCAAUCUUUUGUAAAAUUUCAAAUCUCAUAAAUCGACGUUAAACAUUCAAUAUCACUUUUAAAGAUACUUAGUAAGACCAACCCUUACAGUAGAAUAAUUAGAACGAUCAUCUAAUUGUUCCAACGCUGUUUUGAAAUUAGGGUUUGCCAAUAGACGUGUCAUGUCAAGUAGUUUCCUUCGUUUUCCAUGUUGACUUUAAGUAUGUCUAUAGUUUUCGACUUACAGUUAGUUAGAAAGAUGGUUC